AUGCACCCGUACCACAGGAGAUUGGUGAAGGAGUACCAGGCCAUAAGCAAGGCCAACUUGCCCGGGGUAGAGCUUGUUUCAUCAGAGGAGUUGCAGAGUUUUCUUUUCAAGAUACAUAUCGACAACCAUGAGCUCUAUCCAGACGACUACUACCUCCAAGUGACCAUCACCGACGAUUACCCCGUUGACUCACCUUCCGUUGUUUUUAUCAACUACGCAUCAUCACCAAUCCCAUUACACCCGCACAUUUACUCAAAUGGUCAUAUUUGUCUCAACCUACUCGGAGAAGAUUGGACACCUGCGUGUUCUAUAGAAAGCAUACUACUCAGUAUCCAAAGCAUGUUGCAUUCCAAUCAACUUGCAGAGAGACCACCAGAUGACGCCCAGUACGUCAAAGGCGCACCAAGGGAUCCCAAAAGGACAAAUUUCGUGUAUCACGAUGAUAAUAUAUAG